AUGAAUGAAGUCGAAUUUCGAGCAGAUCCUCUUAUUGUUUUGCCGCCAGAGAUUGUUCUAAGAAUCCUGGAAUUCACCCCGGUAUCCGCCAUCGCGUCUCUUACCGCAGUAUCCAAGGCCUGGCAUCAAUUCAUCGACGUUACACACCAGGAGGCUAUUUACGCCGCCGCCUUCAAGAAAAAUCUGCCAUCUGGACAGUCAUCUCGGCUAGAAAAUACCACCUUCUCCCAGUUGUUUGAAGGUGCUUUGCCAUGCAAAGAUUUGUGUAAGCGCUCCGCGCUGCUCGCCCGCAAUUGGGCCGAGUCGCAACCAGCUUCCCAAGAAUCGGUGCUACAAGUCGGCAAUGAACCUGUCUGGCGUUUCCGCGCUGAUUUCAAGCGUCGGAUCUUCAUUUCAACCUCUCACGCAGGCGGACUCUACGUCACUGACAUGGACACGGGCGUGAAUCUAUGGCGUCUCCCCUCCACGCUGGAUCGUGACGAGGAUGCCGUUCGCCCUUAUGCCCAUCUCGAGUAUCAGGACGGAAUGGCCGUGUUUGAUCGUGAAGGGGAUGCACUUGAGGUUUGGCAAGCGGACCUCGAAGGUGCCCAGCGUGGCGAAUUCCGGCGCAUCGCAAUUUUGGAUCAUGAUUGCCAAACCAGAGGCUUUCAGCUCUCGUACGGGACACUCUGCGUCGUCUCAACCCAGGGACAAGGUUUCGUCUACGACAUGACUCAACGGCCUCCCCAGUUGACUACGCACUUGGCGAUUGAGCAAGAUGCUGUUGGUCAUCUCGACCAAAGUCAGGAUGCCGUGAUUUAUUCCAUGGGCCCGAGAGGGUAUCAUGCUUACGAUAAAAGAUCAGGAGAGUUUCUGGGUGCAUUGAGGCCGUCACUUUGCACGGAGAAGUAUCAUAUUCUUUCACCUGUAGACGGCCCUUCAUCUCCCAGAGCAACUUUUGCGGGCUUUGCAGAAGCUGUGCGUUCAGGUCCUGCGCGUUCAUCGUACCGCAAGGGCCCAUCUCGCAAAGAUCAUCUGGUUCCGAUCGAGGUUGGCAGGGGCCCUCUCCCAACGCCGACCGACCCCGAGCAUGUUCGAAAUGGAGAGGAUGAUUGGGGUGCUGGCAUGUUACAUGGCGACCUCUUCGUUGGCUUCUCCCGUGCGGGUCGUGUUUUCGUGUGCUCCAAUUGGCGCAAGGCACUUGAAAGUGAUCUCAGUUUGGCGGCGCACAGUGAUCUCAUUGAGUGCGAGUCAGAUGGACGGAGUUUUGAUCUCGGCGGGUGGUUAUCAGUGCGUAACCACCGCGUGAUGUUUGAAAUCCAAGAACGGGUAUAUGUUGUCGCACUCAAUGACAAUGAUCGGGUACAGGAUGUGGACUGUCCUGCUCGAGGCUCGUACUCGUUAAUCACCAGCUCCGUGGCACAAAUUGCCGUGCCGGUCAGUUUCAUGGCCUUGUACGAUGAUGCUAUCAUGACUACCUACACCACUCUCGCAUGGAGGCAGCCGCUUCCCGAUCUCCCUGGAGUCAUACCUCUACCAGCAGACCAAGGCCCCGCUCGCAUCUUCCCCAGCAAGGCUAUCCGUAUACUCAGUUUAGCGCCCAAUGUGGACGGCGGUAAUACGUCCAGCUCGAACUACAGUACAGACGAAUGUAAAGGAAGCUCGGCCCAGGGAGGUCUGUGGGGCUCUAAUUCGGAUCCCCUUCCGGUGGGCGGCGUAGCGAUCUCACCUGCUGUGGUAGAACUGAUUACUAUGCUUGGCGAGGAAUUAGAGGCAGCGGACGAAGUCUACGAUGGGCCUGUAACAUCUGUGGAUCCUUUUGAGGGAGAUGGUGAAGAGGAAGAAUGGGAAGAUGUGGACGAGGAAGAAGACCACCAGGAGGGCCAUGGCCAUGAUGGUGCACCCAUAUAG